CACACCUCUCUUCAGCUACACAGGAAACCAGCAUGUCAUAGUGUCGUCAAAUGAUUUCUGUACAUGCUUCUGGUAUUUUUCUGCGUCUGGAGACUUUCUGAACUAUGCAAACUUGUAAGAAGCUGUUGAGAGGAAGUACAUAUCUACUCGAUCCUUUUCCAAGUCCACGGAUUUAAAUACAAUCACGGAUUUAACAUGAGCAUUGUAUCUUGGAAGCUGGUUUUCUACUCUGCUGCGUUUAGUUUAGUGGUCGUGUUUUUGGACAUAGGGACAGAUGCAACACUGGAGGGUUCCUCAAUGGGUUACCUGAGUCUACCUUAUAGUCAGGAGCCUGAGGUGUUUCCACAGGUCGUUCAUGUAUCCGAUGUCAAGGUAUCUGAUGAAGCCCAACCAGUUAUCUCUCGACGGAAACGGAACAUCCUUUUCCCAAGUGGAGUCAAACUCUGUGCACAAGAGACCGCCCAGCAAGUCAUCGCAAACCACCUGAGCUACUUUCAUCUCAGAGUGUGCCAGGAGACCAUAUGGGAGGCUUUCAAGAUCUUCUGGGACCGCCUGCCAGAGCAAGAAGAGUACCAAAGCUGGAUGAGCCAGUGCCAGGAGGGCACAGUCAUGGCACAAGAUAUUGGCAGCUACUUUAGCCAAUCAGAGGAGCAUCAGGCUCUGGUUAAAAAGAUAAUGUCACUGCCAGGUUUUAAAAGUGAGCCCACCAGGUCCUGGCAACACAUGUGCAGCUCUCCAACACCAAGAGCACCGGAAGCGGUGGAAGCUCCUGAGCUAGAAGAGACAGCUAAAGAAGAGGAGGUGGAGGAAGCAGCCGUCAUUGUCCCAGAGGUGGAGGAGAGUCCACUGGACAAUGACAUUGCCAUGCAGCCUCCCACCCCAGCUGUGCUGGAGCAGGUGGUGGAGCUGAGCAUCCUCCUGACCGGAGAGAUGUACAAUGACGACCUCAAUGAUCCAGCCAGCCUCCAGCACCAAACGCUCAGCAGACAGCUUGCUGAAAAGAUCGAGGACGCUUUGCAGGGGCUUCCUGGAUUUAAGAGUGUGUCCGUGCUGGACUUCAGGCCCCCGAAGGACACCCAUGGGCUGGGUGGUGUUGUGGUGGACUACGCUGUCACAGUGGCGGUGGAUGGAACAGGAGUGAGCAUGGAGCAACUGGACUACCUGACGCUGCAGUCGAACCUGGUGGAGAGCUCAUACCGUGAGGUCGUGGAGCUCCCCACGGUGGUCUACACCAUCAGCGAGGUGAAGAACUUCAUCACUGAAGCCCUGCAUAACGACGCACUGGAGAGCGUGUCUGAGGCCCCUGAGUCUGUCAACGCUGCAGACGGAGCCGCGAUUAAUGCUGCCGAUGAGUCAACGGACGUCAUGAUCCUGGAAGAGGACACAGAGGAUGUCAACAAAGAUGAUGUCCUGCCCGAGCUCUCUGAAACCAACACAGUGUCCGCAGCAGAAAAUGACGUAAUUGUUCUGGAGGAGAGUGUAGUUGUGUCUCCUGCUCCUGUCCUGACCACGAGUGCACCUCAAGCUGGCAGCAUUGAGGAGGAGGGUCUGUUACCAGGGGACACUGUGCAGACUCCUGCUGUAGAAAACCCCCCACCAGAGGAACUCCCAGCUGAGCUUCCCUCCCCUGAGCUGCCAGAGGACCUCAUGCUGCCUGAACCACCAGUGGAGGUCGAGGCCUCUGGUUCAGGCACAGCCAACGUGGAAGACCUGCUCCAGCCAUCUACACCCACAGAAGAAGUGUCUGUUGAGAAGACUGGAUCAGAAGAUGGGCUGAUAAUAGAAGAUGUCCCCAUAGAUGCAGAUGCAAUCUCUGAAGCUGAAACUGUGGAUGUUGAGGUUGCGGCAAUUGAAGAAGAACCUACUACUGCUACUCUGGAAGAGGCAGAGGCAACUCUGGAUGAGGCAGAGGCAACUCUAGAUGAGGCAGAGGCAACUCCGGAAGAGGCAGAGGCAACUCUGGAAGAGGCAGAGGCAACUCUGGAUGAGGCAGAGGCAACUCUGGGUGAGAUUCCAGAGGAGCUAGAGAUCUCUACAAUCGCAACUGAGACCACAGAAGAAGAAGGCCUACCUGGCCUGGUCCCUCCUCCUGAUGCUGUAGAUGUAGCGAGCGAAGCAUCAGAGCCGGAGGCUGCAGAAACAGGUCUGCUUCCUGUUGGUGAAGACUCAGUGGAGGGCACAGAAGAAGACUCAAACCUCACAGAUGUUCCAUCCGCUGAUGAGGAAGUUAACCCAGAAGAACCUGUGGAAGACGCAGAAGUCAACGUGAUGGUGACGUACCCUGAAGAACCUGUAUUUGAAGAGGGUGGCAUGGACAACGAGGGACAAGAGCUGAAGGAAGCUCCUGGAGCUCCACCUGUAGAGGAAGUGGGCCCAGCAGCUCCAGAGAUCUCAACAGAGGAUCUGACAGAGGAUGAGAUCUUGCUGGUUAACAGAGAUGAACUGGAGCCACCAGUGACAGAUUCUCUGAUCCCUGCCGAACCAACUGCCCUGUCUCCAGAGAGGGAGUCGCCUUUCACCCGCAUCUCUGACGUCGACCCUGCCCCUGAUGAGCAACCUGACAUCAUCAUCCCUUCAGUGGUGGAGAUCCAGACCACUAACAGCGGCUUGGAUGAUGCCACCAAUGGAGACCAGGACUAUGAUGUGAUCCAUUAUGGUUAUGGUUUGAUUAACCACACAGAGGAGGGCAGUACUGGCUUCCCGUUUGGUGUGGCACACGGCACAGACCAUGUCAGUCUUGCCAUGCCUGUGAACCCUGGACGAGCACUGAUGGUGUUCUUCAGCCUGAGGGUGACCAACAUGAUCUUCUCAGACGACCUCUUCAACAAGAGCUCCCCAGAAUACAAAGCUUUGGAGCAGCGCUUCAUAGAGCUGCUUGUGCCCUACCUGCAGUCCAACCUGAGUAACUUUGAGAACCUGGAGAUCCUGAACUUCAGGAACGGGAGCAUUGUGGUCAACAGCCGGAUGAAAUUUGGCAAACCUGUGCCACAAAGCGUCACCACUACUGUCUAUCUGAUCCUGGAGGACUUCUGCAACACAGCCUACCAGACCAUGAACCUGGCCAUCGAUAAGUACUCACUGGACGUGGAGUCAGGUGACAAGGCCGACCCUUGUAAGUUCCAGGCGUGUAACGAGUAUGCGGAGUGUAAAGUGAACAAAUGGUCGGGGGAGGCGGAGUGUGUCUGCAAUGCCGGCUACUUCAGCGUGGACGGCCUGCCUUGUCAGAGUAUCUGUGAGCUGCGCACUGACUUUUGCCUCAAUGACGGCAAGUGUGACAUCAUCCCCGGCCAGGGAGCCAUCUGCAGGUGUCGUGUCGGGGAGAACUGGUGGUACAGAGGAGAGCACUGUGAGGAGUACGUGUCCGAGCCACUUGUGGUUGGCAUAGCGAUCGCCUCAGUAGCGGGAUUCCUGUUGGUAGCCUCCGGAGUCAUCUUCUUCCUCGCCAGGACGUUACGGGACCAGUAUGACAAGGAUGAGUCAGAGGACCCCAUACGGCGAGCAGAGAGUCUCCCGUCUCUGGAGAGGGCGACCAAGUACAACCCCAUGUAUGAGAGUGAGGCCACCACAGGCUACAGCCACUACUACCGCCGCUACCCUGAAGCUCCUGUGUACAGCAGCGCCAGCGCUGAGGCCUCCACUGAUUUCAGCAGUGAAGAGAUACGACACAUCUAUGAGAACAGUGAGCUGACCAAAGAGGAAAUCCAAGACAGGAUACGCAUUAUUGAGCUCUACGCAAAGGACCGGCAGUUUGCAGACUUUGUACGGCAUCAUCAAGCCGUUGUGGAUACCCGCAGAGAGAGCUCCUCGGUGCACACAUGAAGCUCUACUGUAAACAAGAAACUUGCCUCUCUGUUAAAAACUGAAUCUCCCUGUCAAGACUCUCCACUUUCUUCAUCAUGGCACUGUGCGCUCAUGGACUGUUUGAGAUGGACUGUCAUUCAGCACGCUGCUCUUUACUUUCCUGACCAACGACCUCGCUCUGUCUGUCUCUCUGCGUACGUCCCUGAAGUGUUGACUCUUCUUCUUCCUUCUUUUGUGCCUUCUCUUGACUGGGUGAGCUGGUUGUGACAUCGAGUGUUUGCUGCUCAUCUGCUGGACAUCUCCUUUCAUGGGAAAACUGGACUGCAUCCUAUUACUUGAAAUGUUCAUCACAAUUCUGUCUACGCUAGUACUGUUGUUUAGUCAAAUAUCGAGUUUUGUGUCAUCAUGUCAUAACUAUCCAUUCUUUUAAAGGGAAGAACUUAAAACUGUGAAUAUGUAUAUAGUGUUGCCGUUGGUAUGUUUGCUAGUUAAAGGGGACCUAUCAUGCUUUUCUGUAUUUUCUAUAUAUUUGUAGAAUGUCAGAUGUUCAUGUUAAACGUGGCCAAAGUUUUAAAUAAUGAGGUAAUUAUAUAAAAUAAUCCCUGUAUGCAAAAACUUAAGGCAUGAGAUCGUUAGCCUGGGACAGAUUUUGUUAUAUGGUCAUCUGCUCCAGCCACACUACGGCAAGUGUUUACAUUACAUACACUGCUACAUGAAGCUACAUGCUAACAUCAGGGAAACAUGUAAUCUUUGAUAGCGAUGUUGUCAAUUCGUCCCUGAUUUUGGAUCAUAUUUCUGUUGAAACAUGACUGGUUGUGAAAAUUUUGGUUUAGAAGCAUUUAUUGGUGGUUUUUCACAGGAUUUUUUACGGCUGCAAGUACACUGCUACAUGUAGCUACCUGCUAACACCGGGAAACAUGUAAUCUUGGCUGCAGGUAUCUUUAAUUUCUUCCCAAUUUAAGAUCAAAUCCCUGCUCAAACAUGUCCAGUUGUGUUUAAAAGCUCUAACUGGUGAUUUUUCAUUGGAGAAAGUGGCGUCAUACAUGGUCAUUCCCUAGCUGCAAGUACACUGCUACGAGUAGCAAUAUGCUAAUGUCAGGGAAACCUGUAAUCUUGAUUGUUAAUGUUAUUAAUUUGUCCCUGAUUUGGAUCAUGUUUCUGCUGGAACAUGUCUGGUUGGUUAUUCACUGUUACAGUCAUUCUCCUGGCUGCAGAGAUGCUGAGAUACAGUAGACCAGAUUACGCUGACCAAUCAGAACAGACUGGGCUUUUUUAGGAGGGUGUCGUAAACAGACAGGCGCUAAAUGUUUCAAAAAGAUGGGGUGAAUACAGGUAUUCCAGUACAGACAGUAUGAGGAAUGUUUUCUUUUACAUUAAAGCAUGUAAAUAUGUUCCACUAGACACCCAAAAUACAAGUAUGGACCUGAAAAUGAGCAUGACAGGUCCCCUUUUAUGCCCAGUUCAGACCACAGAUUCGUGCUGAGACGAGUUGAAACAGGCAACUACCUGCCGGUUCACACCAAUGCAACUACAUGAAAUGGUGUAUCAUCUAACUGCAACAACUCUCUGUACUUAUGUUCUGAUUUCCAGCUUUUCAGGCUUAUUUUGUGGCUGAA